CACAUCUCAACUUUUUAGUUGUCAAUGUUUUCAAGUUUUGUUUCCUAGUGUAUCAAUAUAUUAUUUUACUGAAAUCCAUCAAAAAAUCAUUUAUUUACUCCUCUCCAAUAGUAUUUGGUUUUAAAAUAAUAUAUGUUUCAAGUUACAAUUUCAAGAAAGACUCCAUUGUUGAGUGAUUUCUUUGAGUUACAUUCUUGUGACGCUAUUGUCGAAUUUUAUUGUUUUAUUAAUUAUUGUAGUUAAUUUUUUUGUUAAGAAUUGAGUUUAAUAUUUGUCAGGAAAAUUUGGCCGGAUAUGUUAACGGGUAUCUACGUGUGCUUGUUAUGGAACCGUUACCUGCUACGUGUAACCAAAUAGUCCACCGACAUUCGGCUGUAGUAGGUCUUUCGGAGAUGUGUUCGCUGUGAGAUGAGUUGUGCAUGAAAUUGGACGUGACUAUUUUUCUAUUUAUUUGACAGGACUUCUUUAAUAUUAAGCCAUAGAUACAACGAUCAUUUACCAAAAUGGGCAUCAAGUUCCUGGAAGUUAUAAAACCGUUCUGUAGUAUUCUACCUGAGAUUGCCAAACCUGAAAGAAAAAUCCAGUUUAGAGAAAAAGUACUAUGGACAGCCAUCACACUAUUUAUUUUCCUCGUCUGCUGUCAAAUUCCCUUGUUUGGAAUCAUGAGUUCAGACUCAGCCGAUCCAUUCUACUGGAUUCGUGUGAUCCUAGCCUCGAACAGAGGUACCCUGAUGGAGUUGGGUAUCUCGCCCAUCGUCACAUCGGGACUAAUCAUGCAGCUUCUGGCUGGUGCAAAGAUUAUAGAAGUAGGAGACACGCCUAAAGACCGAGCGCUCUUCAACGGUGCCCAAAAAUUGUUCGGCAUGGUGAUAACGGUGGGCCAGGCGAUAGUGUACGUGAUGACAGGCAUGUACGGCGACCCGGCCGAGAUCGGCGCCGGAGUGUGUCUGCUCAUCAUCAUCCAGCUGUUUGUGGCCGGACUCAUUGUGUUACUGUUGGACGAGUUGCUGCAGAAGGGCUAUGGUCUCGGUUCGGGUAUCUCGCUCUUCAUUGCCACCAACAUCUGCGAGACCAUCGUCUGGAAGGCAUUCAGUCCUGCCACUGUCAACACUGGUCGCGGAACUGAAUUCGAGGGAGCAGUGAUCGCGCUGUUCCACCUGCUGGCCACUCGCCAGGAUAAGGUGCGCGCCCUCAGGGAGGCCUUCUACCGCCAGAACCUGCCCAACCUCAUGAACCUCCUUGCCACCAUCUUCGUCUUUGCUAUAGUCAUAUACUUCCAGGGAUUCAGAGUAGAUCUUCCAAUCAAGUCAGCCAGAUACAGAGGUCAAUACAGCAGCUAUCCAAUCAAACUCUUCUACACAUCCAACAUUCCAAUCAUUCUCCAGUCUGCUCUCGUGUCCAACUUGUAUGUCAUAUCACAGAUGUUGGCAGUGAAGUUCCACGGGAACGUGUUUGUGAACCUGCUGGGCGUGUGGGCGGACGUGGGUGGUGGUGGCCCGGCCCGUGCCUACCCUGUGGGUGGCCUCUGCUACUACCUGUCGCCGCCGGAGAACCUCGGCCACAUCCUCGAGGACCCCAUCCACGCCGUUCUCUACAUUGUCUUCAUGCUCGGCUCCUGUGCGUUCUUCUCCAAAACAUGGAUCGAGGUGUCUGGCUCAUCAGCUAAGGAUGUCGCCAAGCAACUGAAAGAACAGCAGAUGGUGAUGCGUGGCCACCGCGACAACUCAAUGAUCCACGAGCUGAACAGGUACAUCCCGACGGCAGCCGCCUUUGGAGGCCUCUGCAUUGGCGCCCUCUCAGUGCUGGCCGACUUCAUGGGAGCCAUCGGCUCUGGCACCGGAAUCCUGCUCGCUGUCACCAUCAUCUAUCAGUACUUUGAGAUAUUCGUCAGGGAACAGAGUGAAAUGGGCGGCAUGAGCACCCUCCUAUUCUAAACAUCUCAACUUAGUGUAGGUUUGUUUUUUUUUUUUACUUGAUCGUUACAUAAUUGAUAUCUUAUUUAUAUCAAUAAACCGUAUUUAUUUAUAAAGUUUGUUAUUGUCUGUCAUACCUUGAUAUUAUUCGCAUUUAAAUUGAUUUUCCAUCUCACCUUCAAAAACAAAAGAUAUUACUUGCAUUUUAAUUGAGUCUUCUAGAUCAUACCUUUUUUCAAUAACAUAAUUGUUGUAUUUUUAAGCUAUUUGCAUUUAAUUUAUUCUUCAAGAUCAACUCUCAAUAACAUAAAAGGUGUUGAUUGUUAUUUGAAUUAAAGUUUAUCAAUCGUAUGUAUUUUCAAAACAAAACAGAUUAUCUAGAUUAAAAAUGAUAUAAUUAUUAAUCGUAUACCUUCAACAAUAUACUGAUAAUUUGCAUUUUACUAGUUUCUUAUUCAUUGUGUCAAUACAUUUAAAAAUAUAUUAUUCACAUCUCAAUUAAUUCUGUCUUCAAAAACAAAAAGCACAAAUUUUGAAGGAAAAUAACGUCAUCAUUAGUUGUGAAUAUUUAUUUUCUGUUGUUGAAAACAACAUGUUGUUUGGUUAUCUUUAAAAUUAACCACAAAUGUUUCUAAAGUCUCCAAAAAGUUGAUGAAUUGAAAACGAAAAAUUCAAAAGAUUACAAUUCCACAACAAUCUUCUGUGAAGAUUUUUGUUUGUAACGAAUGCAAUUUACUAAUAAUACUCAUUGAUUUUUCGAAUUAGAUCUUAAAUUUUAGAUAUUAGUAUCUCCCAACUUAUCUUCUCGACUGUAUAUAAUCAUCAUCCUUCUUGUCAAAAUCACUUAUUGUAUAUAUAAGUAACCUACAUCUAAUUGUUGAAUGUACUUUUUAUAAGGAGCUUUGAAUUGUAUAAGAGUUUGGUGUAAAUGAAAAAUCAUUAUAGAGAUCGAUAUCCUCGUGAUGGUGCAGAAAAAAAUAGAUAAAAUGAACAAAUUAUUUCUCAUUUUAUUAUUAAUAAAAUUUCUCGCCAUGAAA